AUGGCCCCUCACCCUUCCCCAUCCCACAACCUCCCAGGCUCCCGGAUAUCCAGGAUCCCCACAGCCCGCACGGAACUCAGCGCCAGCUGCUCGGAGGAGCACUGCAUCUCCCUGUCUGCCCGGGCACCUCUCACUCUGUCUUUCCAUCUCUCCCUUCCUCUUCCAUCUCUCCCUCCGUCAGUCGCUCCCUGCUGGCUCUGGCUUUGGUUCUGGUCUCCGGAAAUGUGGCAUCAAAGCUUUGGACUUCUAGGAAAAUCCUACACCCAUGACACAACAGGAUCCUUUUUGCUGGGGAAGUGGCUCUACAUGCCCCUCUGCUCAGUACCUCUGUGUAGUGCUGUGGUAGAUGUUGCUAUCCAGGAUUAUGUGGCUGACGUGGCCUCAGAACUCACGUACCAGAACAAGAGUCCCAUCUCCACAGAAGUCCUCUUUGUCUUCCCCCUGGGCCCACAAAUGUCCAUAUACUCCUUCCAGGCCUGCAGUGAGGAUGCCAAGGUCCAGGUCAUGCUGCAGGAUGAGGCCCAGCAGCUUCAUGAGGCUACAGGGAGCUGGGAGAAUCUGGAAUACCUUCAGGAUCAGUCUAGGUAUCCAGGCAAGGUGUUUGCCUGCUUCCUGGGCACACUGUCCCCUGGCAGGGAGCUGGUCGUGACACUACGCUAUGUCCAGGAGCUGUCACAGGAGCCAGACGGAGCAGCCCGGUUUGUGCUGCCGCACACACUGCACCCCUACACACAACUCUACGCCUGGAACUGUCACAGUAGCCACCUUCCCUACAGCCUGCUGCUCACUGCUAGCCUGCAGUCACCCCGUGGAGUAGCCAAUGUCCAGGCCAACUGCUCCCUCACCCCUUUGAUCUACACUGCCCAGGACCACAGCACUGCACAGGUCUCACUGGCUGGCAGCCCCCCAGGACAACAUGAUUUGGAGCUGCUGGUGUAUUUUGGAAAUCCCAGUGCAGUCAGUGCUGUGGUGGAGAAGGGAAACCCUGAGGCCCCUCCAGGCUCCCUGCUUGGUGAUCCCAUGGUGUUGGUGACACUGGCACCCAGCAUCCCUGAGCCAGUGCCUGGGCAACGCCAGUCUGGAGAGUUCAUCUUCCUCCUGGACACCACUUUUCUUGAGCAUGCCCAGGACUCCCUGCUCUUCCUCCUCAAAAGCCUGCCUCUGGGCUGCUACUUCAACAUCUACUGCUAUGAAGCAGCGUCUGUGGGCAUCUACCCGCAAAGUGUUGAAUAUACUCAGGACAACCUGACCAAUGCCCUGUGGCGCAUUCCUUCCACCGGCUCCAGUCUGGGUGACACCAACCUGCUUGAAACCCUCCGCUCAGUCUACAGUACCCCCCGCCCCCGCGGGCAUGCAUGCCAGCUCUUCAUCUUCAUGACUGGGCUACCCUCUGACAAAGAAGCCAUCGCAGCUGAGGUCUGUCAUCAUCGCAACAGCCACCGGUGCUUCUCCUUCUACUUCUCUGAGGACAGCGCUGCCCUGGCUAUAGCCCUGGCCAGGGAGACAGGGGGUGAAGUUACCUAUGUCUCCUCCAACAACAGUAUGACAGCUGUGUUGCAGUGCCUGAAGAGAGCCCUCAAGCCAGCAGCUGAAGUAGUCUCUCUGAGCUGGACCCUGCCACGUGGUCUGGAGGUUGAAGUGCUGGGGGGUACUCCUCAGUCUAUCUUUCAGGGUCAACACAGUCUUCUCUAUGCCCAGAUCCAUGGACAGGCACAGGAUACAACAGUGGCCAAGGGGGUCAUGACUUUGCAGUGCAGCCUGGAGGGCCAGGAUGUCACUCACACGAUUGAAUUCCCACUGUGCUCACAGGGAGAUGGACGGCUGGCUGGGCAUCGUCUGGCUGUGAGGUCCUUACUGCAGAGAUUGUUUCUUGAGGCUGCGAGUGGGUCAGGGGAUGAACCCAGGCAUCGUGCGGUGGAGAUCAGCCUCGCUUCAGGGAUCAUCUGCCCCUUUACCAGCUAUGUGGGCAUUCGUACAUCACAGAGGGUAACCUGGUACCGAGGGCCUCUGGCACUGUUGGCACCCUGCCAGUCACACAUCCCCUGCCAGCUUGUUGAGCUUCCUGGCUCGUGUAAGGACUCUUCCUGCUAUCCGGUGACCAUCUGGGUCCCACCUGGCUGGCUGACAGCAGUGCGUGAGUCAUGGUGUGCCCUCCGUCGGCUCACCUGUGGCAUUGCUGCCCUGCCCAACCGGGGGGCUUGCUCAAAAGCACAUAAACCACUACCACCGUCUAUUUCUUCUCUCAAGUAUGUGGAUCCUACAGCAUACGUGUUGCGCUCUCCAAUUUUUGGGCCGUGGUCCACUGAAGCCUUUGCUGAGUGCCAGAAGCUGGUAGCACUGCAGAGUGAAGAUGGCUCCUGGGCCCUCAGCUCAGGAUUGGCCUCUGUGCUGGAGGUCGAUGAAGCUGAAAUCAAGAGAAAGAUGCCUGGUGAGGUCAUGGAACCAAGCAUUUGGGCCACAGUGCUGGCUGUGACCUGGCUGCACAGACCCGACAAAUGUUACCAAGACUACUGUGAACUUCUGGAGGCCAAGGCCGUGACCUGGCUGUGCAGCCGAACUGUGUCUCAGCUGGACAAGUGUCUGGAGGCAGCCAACAACCUCCUUGGGAGCAGUGCAAAGCCAAAUAUCUUCAGGCUCUGAGUUCACAUAUGCCUUGAUACAGACCAACAGCACCUGCAGAAAGUAUAACCCAAAUUCACACACUGUGCUGGGAUACCACUUUUGCUACCAGCUGGGGGUCUUACAUUGUAGAUUAAUUCUCGCUGUUUAUAUAUUAUACUAUUUAGGCUGAACCUGUACCAUGCUGAGCUCCUCAAGAGAAAAACUCCAAUUCAGCCCCUCCAAGUGUUUAGUCUCA